GUCUUUUACAAUGACGACAGUGUAAUGUUCUUCUUCUUCUUUGCUUCAACCACCUCCAAAUUCCAUCUCCUUCUUCGAUCCUUGACCUCUUCCUCUUCGCCUUGUAACCAAAGCUUUUUCUGUCAAAUUUAUUUCUGGGUUUCUCCUUUUCUCUCUCUCUCUCUCUCUGUUUUUUUUAAGAAAUAGUUUUGUUUGCUUUUGUUCGUCGCCGAAAAUGGGUUGUUGUUCAAGCAAAAACGCGGACUCGAAAGCGAACAGGAUCACACGGUGGCGAUCCACUGGAAUCGUCGCUCUUCGUGACUCCAAAUUGAAGACAUUUCCAGAUGAAGUCCUCAAUCUAGAGAGAUCAGUGCGGACUCUUGAUUUAACCCACAACAAAAUAGUUGACAUUCCUAUGGAUAUUAACAAAUUAUUAAACAUGCAAAGACUGGUUUUAGCUGAUAACCUCAUUCAGCAUCUACCAACAAAUCUGGGGAAAUUACAGUCUCUAAAGGUUAUGACACUUGAUGGGAACCGUAUUUCUUCCUUGCCUGAUGAAUUUGGGCAGCUGGUGAGGCUCGAACGCUUUUCCAUUUCAAGGAAUUCCUUAGAAUAUUUGCCCGAAACUAUUGGCAGCUUGCGCAAUUUACAGCUUUUAAAUGUGUCAAAUAACAAGUUAAAGUCUCUUCCAGACUCGAUUGGUAGUUGCUUCUCAUUGGAAGAACUACAAGCAAAUGAUAAUCUUAUUGAGGAUCUUCCUGAUUCUAUCUGCAAUCUCAUUCACUUGAAGUCUCUUUGCUUGGAUGAUAAUAAUGUGAACCAGAUACCACCAAAUAUAUUGAAAGAUUGUAAAGCUCUGCAGAAUAUUUCUCUGCAUGGAAACCCUAUUUCAAUGGAUCAGUUUCAGCAGAUGGAAGGAUUCCAAGAGUUUGAAGCAAGGAGGAGAAAGAAGUUUGACAAGCAAAUUGAUUCGAAUGUGAUGAUCAGCUCAAAAGGGCUUGAUGAGGGUGUUGAUCUUUGAGAUUAACGCCUUUGAAUUACAAUCCGAUGACAGAGGUUGAGCACUCCAUAGCUGUUUAAAAGCCAGUUUACGGCAUUGUUUAUUGGCAGGUUUUCGUUCAGAAGAACUCUUGAUGUAGUUUAGGAAUGGGAACGUUAUAGAUAAUAUUAUUUGUCUGUACAUGUUUUUUUUUUUUUUUGUUCUGUUCAGUAUUUGCCUGUAACUGGCAAGCUGUAUAUGAGAACACUGCUUUAGACUUGUCCAAAGAUGUUUAUUUCUUCAGGAAAUUUUCAAAGAUGGUUCUUGUACACAUUUAACAUUAACAAGU